GACAAGCCGAUAGGAUCAGUUUGAUUUCAGCCUUGCCAAAUGCCAGCUGCAGCGCAGGCUGGAUAUGGGAUAUUUUAUUGGAUCUCCGUUUAUGCAUGAAUUGCAUAUGUACUCAAGUUGUUUUUGGGGGUAUAAUUAGACGAGUAACUCAUUUUUUAGUUGGGUAUUGUUUGGUUUUGAUGAUUGUUUCGCACAUGGAACCUACAUGAAACCAGCUGUGCCGUAGCUGCAGGGACGAUCGUUUGUCGUGGGCGACUCGGAUUCAUUCCAUCCAGGCCAGGCCGAUCCUUCGGCAGUUUUGCGCUUCCGUUCUACUAGGCUGACUGUUGCUGCUGUUGCCGUAUUGGCAUCGAUUGAGUGAGAGACGCGAGAGAUCGACAUUGCUCUUCGGUCCGACCCGACACAAGAUCGCUUGGGGCAGCGCGCGCUCGGUCUGUUGCGGGCAUCAGUGCUGUUAUUUCAAAUAACAUACUGAUACUGCCAGAAUUUCCAUUUUUGGGAAAUGGGUAAAAAGAAGGCUGCCGACGAUGGAGCCGGGGGUGCGAGGCACCCAGACUUCCCUCUAACGGCCCAAGAAUUGUCAGAGUUGAUGCGCACUCGGGGCGAAGAGGCUCGACAAAUUAUUGAUCAGAAAUAUGGCGGAACCCUGGAGUUGUGCAAAAAAUUGAAAACGUCUCCCAAUACAGGAUUAACCGGCAGUGAAGAGGAAGCCGACAUUAGGCGGCAAGUGUACGGUGCCAACGUGAUUCCCCCCAAACCCCCCAAAGCCUUUCUUCGCUUAGUUUGGGAAGCCCUUCAAGACUUAACGCUUAUUAUCUUGGAGGUUGCAGCUGUGAUUUCCCUUGUUUUAUCUUUUAUUCAUUUUCCUGAUGACGACGAUGAGCAUAAAGAACAAGAAGCCAAUGUUGAAUGGAUUGAAUCUGUGGCCAUUAUCGUAUCGGUCCUGGUUGUAGUAUUCGUGACGGCAUUCAACGAUUAUACCAAAGAGCGGCAGUUUCGAGGGUUGCAGAGUAAAAUCGACACCGAACAUAAAAUUGCGGCUAUCCGCAAUAGUGAGGUGGUCCAGGUGCCUGUUAAAGAACUUCUUGUUGGGGAUAUAUGUCAAGUGAAAUAUGGUGAUCUCCUGCCGGCGGAUGGUAUUGUUAUUCAAAGCAAUGAUCUUAAGGUAGAUGAAAGCUCUCUAACCGGCGAAUCUGAUCACAUUAAGAAAAGCGCCCAAAACGAUCCCACAUUGUUAUCGGGGACGAACAUUAUGGAAGGCAGUGCCAAAAUGGUCGUGAUAGCUGUUGGUCUGAACUCCCAAACCGGCAUAAUAUUCAAAUUGUUGGGCGCGGCGAAAGAGAAGAAAAAAGAAAAGGGCGCUGCUAACCAGUCUGAUGGAAACAACAUUCCCAUGACCCAGGUGAACGGAGGGUCUAGCAACAACCCUGGAGCGGCAGCGGAUAAGGCGGCGGUUGCUGCCGUUGCUGCGCCAGGUGUCGAGGAAGAGGAAGGCGAAUCAGGGACUGAACGCUCCGUCCUACAAGCCAAGCUGACCAAACUGGCGAUACAGAUCGGAAAAGCGGGAUCCAUCAUUGCAUUGCUGACCGUUGUGGUGUUGGUGGUCAAAUUCUGUGUGGUGACCUAUGCCAUAGACGGAAAAGAAUGGAAGCUUAAUCACAUUCAAAGGUUCGUCAGAUUUGUAAUCAUUGGUGUCACCGUGCUGGUGGUGGCCGUUCCCGAAGGACUUCCGUUGGCUGUCACUCUCUCUUUGGCGUAUUCUGUGAAGAAAAUGAUGAAAGAUAACAACCUGGUUCGCCAUUUGGAUGCUUGUGAAACGAUGGGCAAUGCUACGGCUAUAUGCUCAGAUAAAACCGGCACGCUUACUACCAAUCGAAUGACUUGCGUUCAAACUUAUAUUGGAGGUGUGCAUUACAAAUCGACUCCAGCGCAUUCGGAUCUGCCCCCGAAGAUCACUAGCGUGGUCAGCGAAGGUGUAGCCGUUAAUAGUGGUUAUACUUCCCAAAUGAUGCCUUCAGAUAAACCUGGUGAACUUCCGAAGCAAUUAGGCAACAAAACGGAAUGUGCGCUACUUGGAUUUGUGAAUGCCAUUGGAUUGAGUUUUGAAAAAAUACGACUGGAACAUCCAGAGGAGAGCUUGCAUAAAGUUUACACAUUCAACUCUGCAAGAAAAUCCAUGUCCACCGUUAUCAAACUACCGAAUGGCGUGGGAUUCCGCGUACACACCAAAGGUGCUUCAGAAUGGGUGAUGCGCAGCUGCAAAUUUAUUGUCGGCCAGAACGCAGAAAUUCUGACUUUUGGAGAAGCGGAUGAGCAUCGUUUGAUCGCAGAAGUGGUGGAACCAAUGGCGAAAGAUGGUUUGAGAACAAUCGGCGCAGCGUAUAAAGAUAUGAUCUUCUCUGGCAAAGGGAAUCCCGGGCCCAAUGACGAAGUCAUCGAGUCAGAGCCUAACUGGGACGACGAAGAGCGUUGUCUGGGAAGUAUGACCAUGCUGGCCGUGUUUGGUAUCGAAGAUCCAGUGCGUGAUGAAGUGCCUGCUGCCAUUCGCAAGUGUCAGCGCGCUGGCAUUACUGUGCGUAUGGUUACUGGAGAUAACAUUAAUACAGCGCGGUCUAUUGCGCGAAAAUGCGGCAUUCUUCGCGAGAGUGAUCCAGACGGAGUGGGCAUUAUGGAAGGAAAGGAUUUCAACCAGCGCGUACGCGACUCUGGCGGUGUGGUUCGUCAAACACUUAUUGACAAAGUGUGGCCUACGCUAAAGGUAUUGGCUCGUUCGUCACCACAGGACAAGUACAUCCUGGUCAAAGGGAUUAUUGACAGCACUGUGAAUGCCAAUCGUGAAGUUGUAGCAGUAACGGGGGACGGUACGAAUGAUGGGCCGGCGUUAAAGAAAGCUGAUGUUGGCUUUGCUAUGGGCAUUACUGGAACGGAUGUUGCCAAAGAAGCCUGUGAUAUUAUCCUCACGGAUGAUAACUUCACGAGCAUCGUAAAAGCCUGCAUGUGGGGUCGUAAUGUCUACGACAGCAUUGCCAAAUUUCUGCAGUUCCAACUGACGGUCAACGUUGUGGCUGUUGUUGUGGCAUUUUUGGGCGCAUGCUUUCUUGGGGAAACGCCUCUUCGAGCUGUUCAAAUGCUUUGGGUGAAUUUAAUUAUGGACACUUUGGCUUCGUUGGCGCUGGCAACCGAACCACCAACGGAAGAUCUUUUAAAUCGUAAACCUUAUGGGCGAACUAAGCCGUUGAUUUCACGUACAAUGAUGAAGAACAUUCUUGGACAGUCGGUUUACCAGUUAACAGUGAUUUUGGUGAUGUUAUUCAAAGGGGCUGAUUUAUUCGAUAUUGAAGAUGGUCAAAAAUAUGGAGCUCUGCCAUCAGUCCAUUUUACCAUUAUUUUUAAUACAUUUGUCCUGAUGACUCUUUUUAACGAAAUUAAUGCCAGGAAAAUCCACGGUGAACGCAAUGUAUUUGCCGGAAUUCACAGGAAUCCAAUUUUUCUGAUCAUAUGGGUAGGGACAGUUGUGUCCCAGGUGAUUUUAAUUGAGUAUGGAAGUUACGCAUUUUCGACUUUAAGUCUGACGCCAGAGCAGUGGAUGUGGUGUUUAUUAUUUGGAGUCGGCACGCUGGUGUGGCAGCAACUGGUCACCUCCAUUCCUACUCGGAAGAUACCAAAGUUUAUGCGCUGGGGUGAGAAAGUGCCCACCGAUGAUGAUAUCGAGCGCGCUCUGGGUGACCAUGGGGAUUUCAAUGCGGAUGGUACGCGCCGGGGCACCCGCCAUGGCCAGAUUUUGUGGAUGAGAAGUCUGACGCGGUUACAGCAACAGUUGCGAGUGGUGCGCGCUUUCAAAUCUACGCUUGAGGACAUAGAGGACCGCCGCAGUUCGGCCAGCGUUCCCAGUUUGGGAGCGCGUGGACGCGGCUAUAGUGCGCGACCCUAUUCCUACGUUGAUAUACCCUACGUAGAUGAUACACGCAACCCCGCGUUAUCCCCCAAUGACCUUCCCUAUGAAUCGUAUCUGACACGUCAGCCUACCUUGCCUGAGCUUCCAGAUAACAGUACUACAGCGACAACAACAGCGAAAGUACACGCUGAUACAUAUGUUCGACAAGAGCAUGAAACUGAUACCAGACCAGAACGGGCGCCGCUGCUUAACAAGAACGGCGGCAACACACGUUUAGCUUAAGAGAAGUUAUGUAUAUUUCUGUUACAUUCGCAUUCUUUCGGCUUUUUAUGGCGGUUUGAUAAACUAUAGUUUUCGUUGAAAAUUUUUUGAUGAUGGUAAUUUGAACAGACGCCUGUGGUAAUUGAUGGAUGGGUAUCAAUUAUUCGGAGUCCAUCGCAAGUGGCCUUACAACGUGUUCUCACGUAAAUGUGCUUCUGUAAUGAUCCCGUGCUUCUCCGUGCUGCUAAAAGUACUUGUCUAAGGAUGCUGUCGUACGCCCGGCUGUUAUAAACACGUGUGCAACUAUUUGCUUGUUUUUUAAGUUUAUCAUGAGCUUUAAGCUAGCACAAUUCGGUUAUAUCCUGCCCAUAUUUUGCUUGCUGGGAAAUGACGCUGGACAGUUGAUGCGUCUGCUCAUAUCGCUUCAGUCCAUAUGGUUUCCGUUUGUUUUUUUAAAGAAAGCGACAACUUGUGUUUUGUUUUAAGUUAACUUUUUAUUGCUUCAUUUGUUAUUGUGAUGUGUUGUUAAAGUUAAUAUUUACCGACUGAAAAAAGUUCGUUUGAAAUGAGAGAAUUAUGUUACAUUUUGUUCUUUUGAACUAUUGUGACGCACGAACCGUAUUCCAUGGUUUUAUAAAAUUGUUUAUGUAAGUAUAAAGCCUGAUCUAACAGAAAUGAUUUCGGCACCUUGCUUGUUAGGGCCAUGUAAUUCUUAUAGAAGUUUUAAUAGUCUAUAAUUUGCCAACCGUG